AUGCAGCGUAACUACAGCGUCUCUUUUGAACUCCUUUCCUUCCGUGCUCGGAGGCAACUCUCACUUGGUACGACGGCUACGGGGGUGCCCGAAGAGGAUGAUGUGCUUCAGGAGCCUGAUGAGUCUGACGAGGGGGAGGAUAUGAAUAACGCAUCCGCGCAGCAAGGAUUGCUCAAUGCUGACUCUGAGGAUGAUUUAGAGGCACCGGAACUGCUCAAGAGUGAGUCCGAGGAGAAUCUGGAGGCGGCGAUGUUAGGCUGUUAG